CAUGACAACGGGAAACCAGCGGCCUAUUUCAGCGGGCUUGUGACCACCCUUCCCCACCUCCCCCUCCCCAGCAGAAGGAUAAAAGCAAAGCGGUCGAACUACAGCCCGGCAGGUGGGCGAGAGAGGGUGCAACUUCCCAGGAUGCUUCAAGAAGAUAAUUUUGAUAAGCUCCUUGCUCAAAAGGAACAGGAAUGGAAGGACCUGCAGGUAUGGCGCAUUCAGUCACUAGAGACUGCACUUCAAAAUUCACAAACAAAACUGAAAGAACAGCAAGAAAAAUUUAACAUAUUGAAAGAGGACUUUAUGUUCAACCUAAAAGUACUGGAGGAACGAGAUCGAGAUUUGGAACGGUAUGAUGCCAUGUUUGCACGACUAAAGGUUACAGAAAACUGUAAACAGGCAGAGAUCAGUGAUCUGCAAAUUCAGAUUGACAAAAUGCAAGAACUUGUUGCUAAAGAGACAAAGACACGGGUGGAUCUGCAGUUCCAGCACCAACAGACACUAAAAGCACAUCAACUGGAAAUAGAGAAAAUACGCAGUUCAAAAGACUCUAAGAUUGAUGGGCAGCGUGAAGAGUAUAAGAACCUAAAACAAGAUCUUGAACGCAAAGUCCAAGAAGUAGAAGGACAACUUGCUUUACAAAAACAGGAAAUGUUGGCAGAGUUUGAUGCUGAGUUGAGGUGUCGAGAACAUGAGUUUACACUCAGAGCAGAUGAAAUGAGUAAUGUGGUACUUACCAGUGAACUGAAGGUGAAACUUCUGUCAAGAGAAUUGGAACUUCUGAAGGAGGCAGGAGUAAAGGCUACAGAAUCACUUCAAAGGGCAGAGAAAACAAACAGUCAAAUGGAGAAAGUGCUUCAAAGAAAAGAGUGUGAAUUGAAAGAUGUAGUUGCCUUAAAAGAAGUCAGGAUAAAAGAACUGGAGGGCAAAGUCAAUAGAAUGGAAAUUAAAUUGAAAAAAGAAGAAGAAAUAUUCCAACGCAAACAUUGCGAGUUAGAUCGUUUUGCUCGUGAGAGAGAUGCAAAGCUUGCUGCUGUAAAGGAACUACGUACAGAACAGAUUAGGGAGCUGGAGAACAAUGUACGUGAACUGCAAAUGAGCUUGGAGACAGUUGAAAUGGAGAAAAGGCGAAUGGAAUGGAACCAUGCAGAUGCCAUAAAGGAGAAGGAGGAUGUAAUUGAGAAGUUACGUGGGGAGCUUUCAACAGUGAAGACUGGCUGGGAUAGUCACAUCACGCAGAUCUCCAAGGAGACCGUUACUAAGGACAUGCAGAUUAAAAUGUUGCAAGACCAGGAUUCAAAGCUGAGAAUUGAGUUAGCAAGAUACAAGGAGGAUGUGGAAAAAUAUAAACAACAACUUGUCCGAGCAGUGGAGAGGGAGCAGGAUCUGGAACAAAUGAAAGUACAGGCAGAGUUGGAUUGGCAGCAGCACUGUGAGGAGAUAGAAAGAAGUCAGUAUGCAAAAUCAGAAAAGCUUAUUCAUAGUCUGAGCCUAGCCCGAGACCAGGUUACGGCUGAACUACAAGAAAAAGACCGUAAAUUGCAGGAGGUGGAGACAUUAGUUCAAACAUUGACCCUAGAAAGAGACCAAGCAAUAGCUGCACUGCAGGAGCAUGGUGUUUUUCCAGAGCGAGAUUCACAGACUGCACUGCCCAAGAAAGGAAAUGUGAAUAAGGUAGAGUUCCCUUCAGAUGUUAUUCAGAAGCUCCAGGAGCAGAACUUAAACCUGCGUACAGUUAUUGCCAAAAUGAGGAAAGAGAUGGAGAUGCUGAGUGAGCAAAUCCAUGCCAACCAAAGCCAGGACAGAUCAUUUGACGAAUUAGGAUCACCCAAGAGCACCAAAGAGGCUUCUAAAGAUGCUAUAACCCCAUACAAUUCAGAGUAUGUUAAAUCUUUGGAAGAUGAGGUUUAUGAACUGAAACAGAAGUGCAGAAAGUUGGAAGGACAAAUGGAGGACAUUUCAAAAACUUCCAGUAAAACAAAGGUUCCACUCCCAAGCUUCCCUGUUACUGCAGAUAAUGCCUAUCUCCAGAACCACACCUGUACUUUAAAUGAGACAAUAGCUGGCCUUCGUGCUGAAAAAGUCUCUGCAGCUGCUACUACAAAGAAGCAUGAAGCUCGGAUUGUACAUUUAGACUCUCUGGUAAUACAGCUCACACAGCAGACACGCCAGAAACAGGUUGAAAUUGACCAAUUGCGAUAUGAAUUAACCAGCCAGGAACAGCGAACAAGUGCAGAAAUUUUGAGACUAAAUGAGCGAAUUGCUGAACUGGAGUUACAGCUGGUAGAAGCACGCAGAGAGGCAGAUGAAUACUUUAAGGGUAAUCUUCAACAAAACUCAGAAGCAGUGGCUUUAGGAAAUCAGGUUUCAGCUUUGAAGCUGGAUUUGGUGAGUGGCCGUGCUCCAGUGGUGGUUGAACAGAGUGAACUUGUCAAAGAGCUUCAGGGAGAAAUUCUCCAACUACGACAGCAACUGGUUCGCUCACAAUUAGUUAACAGCCCCUCAAAACAGCAAAGCUCAACCGCGUCAGUUUUGCAAGCCAAACUAAAGCAGGCAGCUCGCUACAUCAGUCAGCUAUCCCGUGACAAAUUGCAAUUGAUUGAGAUGGGAAAUCGACUCCGUGCAGAACUGGUUGGACCUAAAUUAGAUGUUUUUCAGCCCUCUGUUACUGUAGGCCAUUCAGAUCUACCUGCUCAGUCUCCCAAAGAGCUAGCACAAGAAGCACAGAAUCGUCUGUCUGCUUUGGAGCGCUUACAGUACCAACUCACCACACAGGAGCUGCAAUAUGCACAGCUGAAACACUUCAAACAAGUUCCCAUCACAGUGCAGCAGAAUUCAUCGGAGAGUGAAAAUGACCAGAAUGUCCUAAGUAAGAACAUUGGAACAAGAGCACAAAUCAGGAAUUCGAGCACAACUGUCCCACCAACAGGAAAUACUGUGAAUAGCAAAACAAAAAGUGUGGUCUCCAAAACUAGCCAGUCACAUCUGCUUGUACCAGAACCCAGCCAGUCACAACCAAUGAUGCAUGGUCCAUCCACUCAAUCCGAACUACUGAUGUCAUCCUAUGGAGCUGACAGUUCUAUUCAAGAUAUCUGGCAGAUGUUAGAGGGAGGAUCCAGUCCUUCCAUAUUUACUCCACAGAACAACAGUGAGCCAGAUGAUGUUGACCUAAGAAAACUUGGGAAUAAGGCAGAAUCGGUGCUGUUGACACAAGACACAAUCGCCAUAGAGAAAGCCAGAAUGGAACCAAUAUACACCUUACAAGGAGCUAAAGCUAGUGUCCACAAGAAGGCAAAACCUCACCACCUAACUGCCACUGGAACAAAACAGAAACAUUCAUCAAAAACUGCAAAGAUUAGAAAUUACAAUAUCCGUGACUAAGGUCUCUUAUGAGCUAAAGUCUGAAACAAAAGGUGCAAGUGUUACAGUUACCAGACAGGAUUUUUUUUUCUCACAUUGAGCUUCCUAAACUGGUCACUGUCUGAUUCCUGAAAACAAGCAUAUGCUUCAGGAAUCUUACAAGUUUACUUUCAACAAUGUUACAGGAACUUUGUCGAAUUUCGCUUUCUUAAGUUGAGACUAUCAUAUAAUACUUACCAAGAUCCAGUUGGGUUAUCUCUUCCUCAAAGGAAUCAAGGAGGCUGGUCAAGCAGAACCUUCCCAUUCUGGAUCGUGUUGACAAUUGUUUACUAGAUCAUCGCUCUACAGAAAAUCCUGAGGUUUAUUUCUGAUAAUCAAUUAGAUUAUUCUACAUGGAAUGAAAGUAAGACGAUUAAGUCUUUAAUUGACUGCAUCUGCUUUGUCACCUUUUUGUAUAUGAGCGUCACAUUGAUAGGUUUUCAAUCUUUUGGUGCUUUCCUAGUGCCCAAAGCCUUCUUCAUGAUGAUUGUUAGUGUUUCAUGAAUCUCUUCCUUCAUCUCUUUCAAUAUUCUGGGAUAAAUAUAAUCUAUCUCUUGGAAUUAAUUUGUUUUGAGCUAAAUAAGAUUUCAAUCUCAUAACUUAGGCAUGGAGGUGGGGUGGACAGUGGAAUUUUAGCCUCAGGAUAAGGAAUGGAGGUUAAAUUCUAAAAUAUCUUAAACCUGACCCCCAGUAUACCUCUUUCCAGUUUAACCAGGAAUGAGGGAGGGUAAGUCGUCUGUUCUCUGGAAGCAGGUCAAUAAUUUUACUAUGUUAAUGAGGCUAUAUGUUAUAUUUUAGCAGUCUUAUUAGAUUUUAAUGGCUGCAGGUUGGCGUUCCAGUGUUCAGGAAACCCGGCAGCUCAAGGGAGGAGCAAAUUGCUGAAUUCAGGAGAUAAGUGCCUUUUAUAGCAUUGCUUGUGAGUUAGAAGGAGCAGGAACGCUUCUCCCUGGUCCACCAACUAAUCUAACACAAUCAGCCUUUCACCUAAUCCCCCACUGUGUCCCCCACCUAAUGAUGUCUGCUCUCCCUGGCAACCACCUCCCCCAACCCCUCCACUAUCCCUCUCCUCUCCAGUCUCUGGCUGCAGCCUUCAAGUGUAAGCCUUCCUGCUCACCAGCCUCUCAAUCUGGCUGGCUGCUGCAUGGGAAAUGGCAAAAAAAAUCAGUUCUUUAUGCAGCAGGGCACAAACUUACCAUGUGCAGUGACAAUAGUAUCUCAAGUAUUUUGUACAUUUGCUCAUUAUUCUGUUGCUGCGUAUUAAUAAUUUCCUAUUUGUGCAGCUGAAUCUGUUUCUCAGAAUAGUUGGUUCCCAAUUGUGUCAAUAUUUGCAGGUGUUUCUUCAGUCAUAAAAUUUUAAAAACCAUAGACCUAGGCCACAAACAAUAAUUUGGCCUUGGUGUCAUUUACAGAACUUAUGAUGAGGAGCUGUGUUUUCUAGAGCAAGACAAGGUCCAUCAGUUUGCAUUCUUAAACUGGAAAGUCUCGUUUUGACAUAGAAUUCCUAGAAAUCCAAUCAACUGAUCAAACUUCUCCAAAUAGGAUCGCUUGAAUGGAAGUUUCAACCUAAAACCUCAAACUCUUCACAUGGUUGGGCUCAAACCCUUUACUUGCAGAACUAAAAUGAAAAUAUAGCAGAUUCUGGAAAUCUGAAAUAAAAUCAAAAAAUUAAUAAAAUACUCAGCUGGUCAGGCAGUAUUUGUUGAGUGGAAGAUAGAUUAAUGUUUCAGGUCGAUAUUCUUUUUGGUUCUAACAAAAGAUCAACCUCGAACAUUAAUCUUACAUUCCUUGAGAGAUGCUUCCUAAUCUGCUGAAUAUCUACAACAUUUUCAGAAUUUACAUAUGAACUCUGUUUUAACAGGCUACUUUUUAAAUUAUAUUUUAAAAUUGAUUAACUGAAUGAACAGCUACAAUUGUUGCACCAUAGAACGGAUGUUUUAUAUUUCAUAGAAAAUUGCUGUAUUUUUCUAAUUACAUCUCAAAUUAUUUGUGAAUAUAUGAAUUUUGUUUCCGAAGGUAACUUCUGUUGUAUAAUAAAUACAAAUUGUUACGUA